GGGAUCUCAGCAGCAAGUACACACGCCACGACCGACAAAAGGACACAGCACCAGAAGCAGGGGACACUGGGAGCAGAGGGAACUCUGGGACGGAUGAGUCCUCCGGGGGGCGGGAUUCACCCACGUCACGUGGGGGCCUGAAAGGGAGGAGGGCGGAGAAGGAGAGCGACCCGGAGGCAGAGGCUGAGGACGACGCCAAGACGGCCCCCAAAACCACAGCCAAAGCCACAGCCACCCCCAGUGAAGCGGGAGACGGGGCCCUGGGGUACACCACACGCCACAACCGGUUGGAAGCGGAGGAAGCCCGGAAGCCAAAGGCUGACCAGAAAACAGACAACGUUGCCAAGACAAGCAUUGCUGCCAAAAUGUCUUUGUUUAAAGAACUAGAGAAGUCGUCCGUCCACGACGUCUUCACAGGCGACGGCACAAGGAAGGGCAGUGGGAGUUACCGUGGCAACACAAAGGGGCAUGACUCCCGGCCAAUUAGAGGCCAGGAGUCCGAGGCAACAUCCAGUCCUUCUCAGGGUUCAUCAAACGAGGAUGAGGAGAACCGUGAGGAAAAACUGAGGAAGAGCACAAAGCGCCAAACUAGCCAAUCAGAAGCAGAGGAUGACUCAAAGAAAGGAACGAAAGGCCACCUCUCCCGACCAAUCAGCUGCAGAGACAAGGAGGAAGAGGAGAAGAAGUCCACCCCUGCACUACAACCAACUUCGGCCUCCUCCACUGUCCUCCAAGGCUCAUGCCGAGACCCCAAGCCCAGCGAGAGGCUCUGUGCCCUGGGCAGCAGCAGCGAGGAGGACCCCCGGCCGCGGUCCUCUUCCACCUCCUCCUCCACGGAUCGAGAGGGGGACUUCCGGUCGUCUGCGUCCAGCCUGCAGAGGCAGGACUCUGGGCAGCGGAGCAUCAAGGGCAUCCUGAAGAAGAGCCGGUCCACCAGCGUGGACACCGACCCGGGAGGGGUCACCGAGGAGCGCAACGGCACCCACGACGCCUCCGGAAAGGAGGAGGAGGAAGAGGAGGAGAAGGUAGAGGAGGAGAGGAAGAACGGCGUGAAGGAGGAGGAGGAGGAGGAGGAGGAGGAAGAAGGGAGGAGAGAGGCCGACGAGAUAGACGCAAUGGAUGAGCGGAGAAGAGAGGACGGAGAGAAGAAGGAAGACGGAGAGCAGGAGGAGAGGAAGAGAGGAUUGCAGCGCAGCGAGUCCAGCCAGGCAGACGAGGAGAAAGAAGAGGAGGAUGAGGAUGAAGAGGAUGAGAGCAGAGGAGUGCAGAUAGAAGAAGAGGAGGAGGAGGAGGAAGAAGAGCAGGAGGAGGAGGAGGAGGAGAGGGAGGACAGGAGGAGAAGAAUGCAGAGAGAGAGAAGCAGCUCCAGUGACGUGGCCAUGAGCCCGUCACCCCCAGGCUCUCUGGAGAAGACCUCGUCUCUGUCCCUGUCCGAGGAGGGCGAUGAGCAGGACAGCCUGGAAGGGAGCAUGAGCUCCUCACUGAAAGAACGGCUGUCAGAGCUGACCGGUGGGGAGGAUGACUCGAAGUCUCGGCUGAAGAAGAGCAAGGCCGCUGAUUUGGUCCAGACGCCUCUGGCCGACCGCUUCAACCAGCUGCACGAUGCGGAGAAUGCCUGGAGGAAGAAGAAGUCUGCUGUGGAGGUGGAGCCGAAGAUGUCUCUGGCCGACAGGAUGAAGAUCCUGCAGGAGAAGGAGGAAGCGUGGAAGUGCAGGGGCAAGGGGGCCGCCAACGACUCCAUACAGUUCUCAGUCGCUGGCCGCAUGGCAAAAAAAGGCCUUGUCUCUCCCAUAUCGCCCAAAGAUGAUCCUCCGGUCCUCAAGAAAUACACCUCAGGAACUCCUGUCAAGCCAUUGGAAGAAAUUGCCAGUCGCCCUGACGUGGCGGUGGAGGGGGAUAAGCGUCUGGACAAGCUGGAAUCCUUCCUGGACAGACUGCAUAGUAAAGGCGUGGGCAAGGGAAGGUCCUCCACCAUCGAGGUGACUGAGGAGAAGGAGAAGGAAGUCAUGACGCUGGACGAUGACGAGAUGUUCGGACGCUUCUACAAGCCUGUGUCGCCCAGCUCCUCUGUCGCCAUAGUUACCGAGCAGGACUUCAGUGUCAUCAACACAGACUCACCCAAACUGGCAUCAGCCGUGGCUAAGCACAAGCGUGCGGUGCGUCCAUCUCGGAACAACCCGUCGUCACGGAACCCUCUGCGAGCUCUGGCGGCGCGCGACGACUUGAGACAGACGUACACCGAGCAGCGGCUCAACAUCGCUACCGUGGAAACCAAGAGGAUCCAGAUGGAGCGGAUGGCUAAGCAUUCUAACCUGGCGGACGUUGCCUUGGCGGGUCUUGCCAGUAAGGAGAACUUCCGGAAGGUUAAUCUGCGCAGUGUCAAAUCCACAGAGGUGGUGACCAACAACAGCACACUGCCCUUCAACAAGCUCAUGCUCAUCCACAUCAAAGGUCGGAGGCACGUGCAGGUGCGUCUGGUGGAGUCCACGGCUCGCUCUCUAAACAGCGGUGAUUGCUUCCUGCUCAUCACCCCCAAACACUGCUUCCUGUGGAUCGGAGAGUUUGCCAAUGUCAUCGAGAAGGCCAAGGGCUCAGAGAUGGCUCAGUAUGUGCAGGCUAAGCGUGACCUGGGUUGCAAGGCACCUCAGGUCACUGUGCUGGAGGAGGGCAUCAACACAGACAGCCGCUCUUCCAAAGAGUUCUGGAACCUUCUCGGGGGAAAGUGCGAGUACAGAGGAGCGGGUGAGCCAGAUGAGGAUGAGAUGUAUGAGAGCGGGGUGUUGGAGGCGACCGGUGUGUAUCGUCUGGCGGAGGGGAAGUUGGUGCCACACGAGGAGGCCUGGGCAUCAAUCCCCAGUGUGACCAUGCUCAACUCUAAAGAGGUGUUGGUGUUUGACUUUGGCAGCGAGGUGUACGUGUGGCACGGGAAGGACGUGCCCCUGGGCGACCGGAAGGUGGCCGUCCAGCUGGCCAAGCAGCUCUACGGCGGCCCUUACGACUACUCCAGCUGCAGCUACAACCCCCUCGACCCCUCCCAAGCCAAUCCGGACAUGCCUCUGCAGGGCGAGGGUCGACCCAGCUGGUGCCUGUUGGGUCGUCUGUCGGAGCACAACGAGACGGCUCUGUUCCGGGAGAAGUUUCUAGACUGGUCUGAGAGGAAAUCGCUCGAGACGCCCGUGGAGGAGGUCAAGUUGAAGACCCCCGUCCACAUCACUCUCAGUUCUGACUCGGAGCUGCGCCCCUGCGACGUGGCCUUCCUGCUGCAGGGCGUGGGAAACCCCGUGCGCACGCUGUUGGAGGGUGUGGACGUGCAGCGGGGCCACGGGCUGGUGCGGAGCGAGGACGGCCGGCAGGCCGAGCUGGCCACGGUCGGCGUGGACGCCUGGCACAUCCGCGAGUUCGACGACUUCGAGAUCCCGCAGGAGAGCGUGGGCCAGCUGCACGAGGGCGACACCUACGUCAUCCGCUGGAAGUACACCAUCACCAACGUGGUGGGGAAGCGUCAGAAGCCGGGCGAGCUGAGCAGUGGCCCGGGGAGAGAGCGCUCAGCCUGUUUCUUCUGGCAGGGACGCAAGUCUAGCGUCAGCGGCCGCGGUACCUCUGCACUCAUGACCGUGGAGCUGGGAAACCACCGGGGGGCGCAGGUUCUGGUGGCUCAGGGAAAGGAGCCUCCCUGUUUCCUUCAGCUCUUCCAGGGAGGUCUAACUAUUCACAGCGGCUGCAGAGAGGACAGUGGCAACAACACCGGUGAGUGGCGUCUGUUCUGUGUGCGCGGCGAGGUGCCCGUGGAGGCGUCUCUGGUGGAGGUGGAGUGUUGCUGUGCCAGCCUGCGCUCGCGUGCCAGCCUGGUGCUGCUGGGCACCCACGCCAGCCUCCUCUACCUGUGGCACGGCUGCAAGAGCCACCCCAGCGCCCGCGAGGUGGCCAAGAGGGCCGUGGAGCGCCUCACCCAAACGUGUUCUCCAGAGUUCGGUCUCGACAGCAACAACAGUGUCAAAGUCCAGGAAGUGGAGGAAGGGGCGGAGACAAAAGACUUUUGGAAGGCUAUUGGCCAACAGGACAGGAAGGCCUACGACUGCAUGCUUCAAGACCCAGGCAAGUAUAACUUCACACCGCGGCUCUUCCGUCUGAGUGCGAGUGCCGGAACCUUCCAGGGGGAGGAGCAGUUGAGCCCUGCCCGUGUCACAGGCGCUGUCAUGGCGAUGCCCUUCCUGCAGGACAACCUCUACUCUGUCCCACAACCAGCUCUCUUCCUGCUGGAUAACCGGCUGGAGGUGUACCUGUGGCAGGGCCCGAAGCUGGACGAUGAGGAGUGCACUGGCUCCGCUAAGAUCCGCUGGGACGCCGAGCGCAAGUGCGCCAUGGAGACCACGCUGCGCUACUGCAAAGAAAAGAACUCCAAGCGACCGCCCCAGGCCUAUCUGAUUCUUGCUGGUGCUGAGCCGCGCACGUUUACAAACAUCUUCCCUUACUGGGAGCGAGACCCUAGCAUCAAAGUGCAGGACGAGGGUGUGCGUAACAAGGUGAUCCUGGUGCAGGACGCGCUGUCUCGUCUCUCCAAGAGGCAGUACUCAAUAGAGGAGCUCACCUCCAAACCCCUGCCCGAGGGAGUCGACCCCCUACACCUGGAGAUAUACCUGUCCGACAAGGACUUCAAGACGCUGUUGGAGCUCACGCGAGAAGAGUUCAAUGCUCUUCCUAACUGGAAACAGCUGAAGUUGAAGAAGAGCAAAGACCUCUUUUAAACCACAGAACUUUUUAAAGCACACUAUAUUCUUCAGAGAGAGAGAGAAAGAGAGAGAGAGAGAGAGAGAGAGAGAGAGAGAGAGAAUGAGCAGGUAGCCGAAGCUAUGAACUCAUCCACAGGUGCUAGACCAUCACCAUGGCCAACUUUCCUCUUUCUGAACUCUCAUGACAGACCGUGUCGGAGGAAAAAAGAUGCAAUGAGACCCUACUUACUUUCUUACAUCUUCUUACUCUCUCUUCUGAUUUUAAUUUUUGUUUGUCUCUCCAAAAGGAUACUUGUUUUUUGUUGUUGUUUUUGUUGUUGUUUUUUUUUUUCAUGUGAAACACAAUUGUACAGUUUAACUUUCUUUUCUAAACCUUCAAUUACCUGUCUCCUAUCCAGCUACAACCUGUAAUUCCACAACAUUCCUUUUAUAGCUGUUAAAUUUAGCUUCAUCCUUCUGUAGCUUAUUAGUCACUGAAGAGAUCGCCCCUCUAUACCCAACAACGACAGACCUACACGUCUGUCUUCUAUCUAACCAUAUAUUGAACUAUAAAUAUGUAUUAUAAAUGUAUUAUUUUCUUCCAAGUAAUUUUUACUCUGCCAUCAUCAAACUGUGAGAGAAUGUGGAAUGUUGCACGCUUCGUCACUGCCAAUGGAGGCUUAGUGUGGGACUGCAUGUCAACUUUGACCUUUGACCCUUGAGAAGUCACCUGUUGUGCCAGUGAAGAUGCCCGUACACGCAGCCCCACUCGGCUGUGUUCAGUGGUCAGCGUAUGUAUUUGGACGAACCCUGAACACAGAUGAUCUGAAAUGCCUUGCUAUGCCACAGAUGUAUGCACAAACAUUUAAAGUACUGUCAGGUCAGGGGAAAAAGUGGGGAAGUGAGCAUUCUUCGUUUUUAAGGGUUUUAUCCAAUGGGCCCUAAUUUAAAUGCUUGGCAAAGUGCAAAAUCAGUCUAUGAGCAAAGUUGUCGUGCAUGAACUAAUGGCGUCAUGUGGCGUUAGACAGCUUUUAGCUGACCCACCAAUGUUUGAAUUUAGGAUCUGUCUCAUGGCAAAUAGAUUUUGCAGUUAUUAAGCAAGUUUUAGUCAAUAAUUUAGACUUGGCACUUUGCCCAGCAUUUAAGUUAAGUCAGUGUUUUUUCAAGCGUUGGUGGCAUCAGUGAGGGAGUCACUUACGCAUACAGCUCCUUGUCCAUUAACAGCAUUAAGAGUCGAUGAGAGAGUUCGGCAGUCUUCCUUGGCUUCUUGUACAUCUCUUUUCCCCUUGACGAAAUAAAUUAUGCUGUUCAUACACUCAAA